GCUCAUUUGAUUGGCUGUUACUGCUCCUGAGCGCGCUGGUCCGUCCUCUUUAGUGGUCCGGGUGAUCUCCAUGAUGGCGGUGCCUGCAGGGAGGUCUGUGGUGUUUGUGACUGGAAACGCAAAGAAACUGGAAGAGGUGAUCCAGAUCCUUGGAGACAAGUUCCCUUAUAAACUCGUGUCCAGAAAAAUAGACUUGCCUGAGUACCAAGGAGAGCCGGAUGAGAUCUCCAUACAGAAGUGUAAAGAGGCCGCUCGGCAGGUAGAUGGACCGGUCAUCGUGGAGGACACCUGUCUGUGUUUCAGGGCUCUGGGAGGUCUACCAGGUCCUUACAUAAAGUGGUUCCUGGAUAAACUCAAGCCUGAAGGUUUGUUCAAGAUGCUUGCAGGGUUCGAGGAUAAAUCAGCGUGGGCUCUCUGCACCUUCGCCUUCUCUGCUGGGAGAGACGGACCGGUCGAGCUGUUCAGAGGGAUCACAGAGGGACACAUCGUGGAGCCCAGGGGCCCCCGAGACUUUGGAUGGGAUCCCUGCUUCCAGCCAGACGGAUACGACAAAACGUAUGCUGAACUCCCUAAAGAGGUGAAGAACACUAUCUCUCACCGUUACCGAGCGCUGGCGGCCAUGUCUGAACACUUCAGUCAAAGUAACAACACGGCACCUCAGAGCAAGAAGAAGAAGGAGGAGGACUGAAGAGAAGACGUGGUGAUGAUAGAGUGAUUCAUUAUGAGACGUUCUACAUGUUGGGUCAGAAUACAUGAUCUCUUUAUUAACGUGCAGAUUCAGAAAAGGUCACAAUAAAACUCUUCUCUAUUUUUUUAUGAA